AUGUUGGCCCUACGCUCGAUUGCUGCUCCCGUGCAGCGACAAUGCUUCCGUGCAGCUCCCCGUGCGGGCAUCACGCUCGCUCUGCAGAAUCGGAGACAGUACUCGUCACAAGAUGCUGUCGCCAAGUUCAACGGACAGAAAGAUGCACAGGGUCGCUAUACCGUCAGCUUGAUCGAGGGUGAUGGCAUUGGGCCCGAGAUUGCCGUGGCCGUGAAGGACAUUUUCGCUGCCGCCAAGACCCCUAUCGUUUGGGAACCCAUCAAUGUCGACCCUAUCCUGAAGGACGGCAAGACGGCGAUCCCAGAUGCUGCUAUCGAGAGUAUCAGGAAGAACAAGAUUGCCCUGAAGGGUCCCCUUGCCACCCCAAUCGGCAAGGGCCACGUCUCUCUUAACCUCACACUCCGUCGGACAUUCAAUCUCUUCGCCAACCUGCGGCCCUGCCGGUCGGUUGCCGGAUACAAGACCCCCUACGACAACGUCGACACCGUACUGAUUCGCGAGAACACCGAGGGCGAGUACUCCGGAAUCGAGCACGUUGUGGUGGAUGGGGUCGUGCAGAGCAUCAAGCUCAUCACCCGUGAGGCCAGCGAGCGCGUCUUGCGGUUCGCCUUCCAGCACGCGCGAUCCAUUGGCCGCAAGAAGGUCCGCGUCGUGCACAAGGCCACCAUCAUGAAGAUGAGCGACGGUCUCUUCCUCACCGUGGGCAACCAGAUUGCCAAGGAGUUCCCUGAUAUCGAGUUCGAUGCUGAGCUGCUGGACAACACCUGCCUGAAGAUGACUACCGAUCCCACCCCUUACAACGACAAAGUCCUGGUCAUGCCCAACCUGUACGGCGACAUUCUGUCCGACAUGUGCGCUGGUCUGAUUGGCGGCCUGGGUCUGACACCGUCCGGAAACAUCGGUGACGAGUGCUCCAUCUUCGAAGCCGUCCACGGGUCUGCCCCUGAUAUCGCCGGCAAGGGUCUCGCCAACCCUACCGCUUUGCUGCUCAGCUCCAUGAUGAUGCUGAGGCACAUGGGUCUGACCGACUAUGCGGACCGUAUUGAGAAGGCGGCCUUCGCCACGCUGGCGGAGGGCAAGGCUCUCACUGGUGACCUGGGUGGAAAGGCUAAGACGAGCGAGUUUGCGGCGGCCAUCAUCGAGAAGCUAUGA